CGACAAUGACAACGAACUCAUCAUAUUCGCCAUCACAGAGAAUACUAGCGUGUGUUCUUCUACGCGUAUCUGCACAUACAUAACGAUCCAGAUGUCUUACCUCAAUGACAAUGGCACAACAAUCCCCGCUCCUCCUGCUACCGGGUGAAUUGAAGAACCAAAUUAUAGAUUACAUCCUCACCCGCGAACCCGGCACUGCACCACCUGCACUACAGCAUUCCCCAUUAUCACUAUCAUCAACAUGCCGCCAACUACAUGGGAAUUAUCAUGCUCUGGCUUGGACCGCAACGAUCUUUACGCUCCCCUGGUCAUCAGCAGAAGACCUUAUACGAAAAACCAGUCUCCUCCCCCCAGCAUCCAUAUCCUCCAUCACAAAACUACAAAUCAGACUUCCAUCCGAUCUCACAGACCUGUAUACAGCGGAUAUAAACAGACGCCGCGUAAAACCUUUCAACUUUGCCCGCGCCGGCCUCACCAACCUAGAAGAACUCUACAUCCGGUACCGACCCGAGCAUACAGAAAAAGGCAUCGGCGGACCCGGUCGCGAACUCAUCGUGCAGAUGCUCUGGCGUAUCAUGUGGGAAAGAGAUAUCAAGCGACUGAGGAAAAUCUGCAUUGUGCAUGAUGGAGCGCAACCGUUCCUUUCGCUUUCCCUACUGUAUAAUAUGUUGCAGAACUUUACGCCGCUGCAGGUGUCGAAAAGGUGGAAGGUACGAUCGGAUCUUGAGCAUGGAAGGUUGAGGUUUGAAGAGUGGGGUGGUGGGGAGAAGGGGAGGGAUGUGGAUGUUGUGGUCGGAUUUAGCUUUUGGGAAGCGGAGGCUUAUGUGGAGGUUUGUGAGAUGGUUCUUGAGGAAAAUCAUGCUCAGGUCAUCUUGGCUCGGCGCGCCGAGUGUUUGUAUGUCACUCCGUUGCGAGAUAUGACUGACGAUGCAUUGAGGCGAGAGGUUGAUAAUCUCAACACCUUGUUUCCUGUGUUAGGAGACGAAGAACACAUUCUUCAACCACAUGUGGAGCGUAUACGUGCCACGUGUGCGAUAGGCAACCGAGGAUGAGAAGACAAGACGGAACGCUACUUUGAUCCGCACGCGAAGGCCGUCGUGGCUAAUGACUCCACUGAUUGGUGUUAUGACGAUCACUGAAGAUGUCCCAGUCACCUGACUACGUUCCCGUAGCUUGAUCGAAAGGGGUACUACUCCGCCAGCUUCCGAGGAGAA